AUGGGGCUCUCAGCAGUAUUCUUGCUCUGGAUUCAUAGUCUUCAAGAGGGUGACCAAAAAACUGCAGCAGGUUGUCCUUUCUACUGCUAUCCUGGUUACUUACAACAAGAAAACCUCACUUCUACCUGCCAGACUUUUAUUUUGGAAAGUUCAAAUUUAAAAGAAUAUGCAGAACACUGUACAGAUGAAGGUUUUAUCCCAGCCUGCUUACUGUCCUUAUUUGGAAAAAACUUGACAACAAUUUUGAAUGAAUAUGUAGCUAUGAAAGCAAAAGAAACAUCAAAUGAUGUGCCAGCAAUAAUGUCAUCUCUGUGGAAGAAGUUAGACCACACACUUUCUCAGAUCAGGAGUAUGCAAAGUUCCCCAGGGUUUGCUGCCAAUCAGAGAGCCAGAACAAGAAGUGGAAUUGCAGAAAUCAAACGGCAAAGAAGGCUUGCAUCUCACACAGCUCCCGUCAGUUCAGAGUUGCUGGCUUUACCAUAUAAUUCAGGACAGUUUACUACUUCUCCUUUGACAGCUACACAAGUUGUUCGACCAGCUGGCCAAAUUUCAACUCCGUUAAGGUCGAGUUUUGUAGUGGUUAACCAUUCUCAGUCACAAGACGCUGUAACUACCGGGGAAGCUUUAAAUAUAAUUCCUGCUUCUCAGGAACGGAAAACUCAUGCCAGUUUAAUGUCUCCUGGUCGACGUAAAAGUGAAUCUCAAAAGAAAAGUCUCACUUUGUCUGGUCCUCAUUCAACUAUAUGGAAUUUUCAGGAUCCAAAUGCAUUUGCAGUAGAAAAACAAAUGGUUAUUGAAAAUGCACGAGAAAAAAUAUUAAGCAAUAAAUCUCUUCAAGAAAAGCUGGCAGAAAACAUUAAUAAAUUUUUAACUAGUGACAACAAUAUUAUUCAAAUACCUAAGCAAACAGAUAGCAAUCCUACUGAGCCAGAGGCUUCAAUUGAUGAACUCCUGGGACUUCAGAGUGAAAUCCACAUGUCUGAAGAAGCCAUACAAGAUAUAUUAGAACAGACAGAAUCAGACCCAGCGUUUCAGGCACUCUUUGAUCUCUUUGACUAUGGUAAAAUAAAGAGUAAUAAAAAUAUACCACAUGGCAUUUCCAGUCAGCACAUGGAAACUAAUCCCAGUGUAAUCUUAACAGAUGAAACUAAUCUAGCAGUUAAAAGCCCUUUUGAAACACAGGCAUCUGAUGAUCAGCCCCCGUUUUGUACAGCCUAUCAAAAUGAAGAAGCAUCAAAUACUUUGAAGGAUGGCAGCAACCAUGAUGAGCUUAGACAGGAAGCCCAGGAACAUUUUUCCCAAAUAGGCUCUAGCAUCCAAAAAAAGGCCUUUAAAACAGCUGUACCUGUUGAACAAAAAUGUAACCUUGAUAUUACCUUUGAGUCUGUGCCUAAUUUAAAUGACUUUAACCAAAGAGGAAAUUCUGAUGCUGUGUGUAAUCAGCAGUGUGCUGAAUUAUACACCAGUCAGAUGUCCACUGAAACUGAAAUAGCUAUGGAAGUUGAAAAGAAUUCGUUGUCUCCAAGUGUUCCAAGUGAGUCUCAGUUACAGCCUGAUCAGUCUGAUAUACCAAUAACUUCAUUUAUUUCACUUGGUGAUGAAACUAACAGUGAAAACUUACUUCUCUCUGGAAAAAGUUCCCAACCUAUGUCCCAAAAUACUUCAGUGACUGGAAAACCAUCUGGAAAAAGUCAAUUUUGUGAAAGUUCUAAUGAUACAUUAAGACUUAAGACUAAUUUUCAUAAUUCCAAGUCACCAGAUUCUAAUGAAAUUCACCAGAAUAAAAUUGAAAUUAAUAACAUAUUACCAGUAACAUCACAACAACUUUCCGAUUGCCAAGAUAAUUCUUCACUCCAAAGUAAAAUAUUACCUAUUUCUGUUGAAAAUUCAGGUUUAAAUGUAUCUGGUCAACAAGUAGACAUUUGUCUUAGAGAUUCCAUAGCUGAAGUUAAACAACUAUCUGAUGAGUCAGUGUCUGUUGAGUUAAAGCAUACGGAAAAUGAAACUCGGCCAUCAAAGUCUGAGAAAGCUGCUUUGGAUUCACAAGAGUCUUCUUCUUCUAUAAAAGAAGAUGGAGAUACUAUUUUUCUCUCUCUGAGUGAAAAUAAUAACUGUGUGGAAGUGGCUUUGAUGCCUCCAGAGGUCAGUCCUAUAGAAGACAGUCACUCUCUUCCUUCAGAAUCUGUGUGUUCUUCAAUGGGAGAUUCCAACUCUGAGUCUCAAAAUACUGGUGAUAAACCUUCUAGGGACAGCUCAGCAGAGGUAGAUACAUCAAAUAUUGUCUCCCUCAAAAUUAUCAUCAGUGAUGAUUCAUUUGUUUCCUCCGAUACUGAACUUAACAGUGCUGUUUCUAGUAUUAGUGGCGAGAACUUACCAACUAUAAUUUUGUCUUCUGCUAAAUCAUCUACCAAAAAUGCAGAAUUAGUUAAAGGCCUAUCUUCUGAAGAAACUGCAGGUGCUGUUGUAUCUGCUGAAGGAAUUGGAAAUUCAGCCACAGUAGAACAGAGUCUUUUAGCCCUCAAACCUGAAGAUGCUACAAUAAAUAACACUCAGAAUGAAGAUAGCAUUUCUACUUCAGCAAAUGUUACACCUUGUGUUUCCAAGGAUGGAGGAUACAUACAGUUGAUGCCAGCUACAAGCACAACUUUUGGCAAUUCAAAUAACAUUCUAAUUGCUACCUGUGUGACUGAUCCAGCAGUCUUGGGAACACCUGCAAGUCAGUCUAAUGUUGUGGUGUUGCCUGGAAAUUCUACAGCUAUUACUGCUCAACCUCCAGCACCUCAGUUACAGACACCUCCAAGGUCAAACAGUGUGUUUGCUGUCAACCAGGCUGUAUCACCAAACUUUUCACAAGGAUCUGCUAUCAUAAUUGCUUCUCCAGUCCAGCCAGUGCUUCAAGGAAUGGUGGGAAUGAUCCCUGUAUCUGUAGUUGGACAGAGUGGAAGUACCUUUUCUGCUCCUCCUCGUCAGGUCCUUCACAUGCCUUUGGCAGCACCUGUAUGCAACAGAAGUAUCCCUCAAUUCCCCGUCCCUCCAAAAUCCCAGAAAGCUCAGGGACUAAGAAACAAGCCUUGUUCAGGAAAACAGGUAAAUAAUUUGGUGGAUUCUUCAAAUCAUGCAGUCGGAUUUCAUGCACAAAGAACUGAAACUUCUGACAAGAAUAUGGCAACAGAUCUUGGAAGAAAAUUGGAUGAAAUCACGGUUCCCUUCUCAGGAGAGGGUACAAUUCCAGCAAGCAAACCAUUUGAAAGCCAUAGACGGGUGCUCUGUUUCGAUAGCACUGCCUCUCUGGUGGCAAAUACACAGGGACCAAACCGUAAAACGGUGUCCCAAAACAAAGAAAAGAACGAAAUUUCUUCUCUUAAUCUUGACUCUCCCAUUGUGUCUUCCCCUUUAAAGUCCCCUUCUAAUAAUAUCAAAAAAGAGAGAGAAAAACCUCCUGUGCCUAAGAUUUUAUCUAAAUCAGAAACUGCUGUUAGCCGGCAUACCACCAUGAGAGAAACUCAGCCAGAAAAGAAAUCUUCACCAACAGAAAUUGUACUGGAAUCUUUCCAUAAAGCAACAGCUAAUAAGGAGAAUGAAUUGUGCGGGGAUAUGGAAAAGCAGAAAAAUCCAGAAACUACAAAACUGUCUAAUGGGCAGCAAAAUGGGAGUUUACGAAAUGAGAAAACUGCAGCAUCAUUGCAAGAACUGACCAAAAACCAAGGCACAUCCUCAAACAGUAAAAAUGUCAUUUCAGGAGGAGCAGCUGUGAAGGAUAUAAAACAAGAACAAACUAAAUCUUCCAGUUAUUUGAUUAACCCAGUAACCAAACAUACAGAAAUGUUACCAGAUGUUCAGUGGCAUAGCCCAGUAAAUAGGCUUGGUGACAGUGGUGAGUUACCGGUACCCCGGACACCUGGCUCAGGGCCAGGAGAAAAACAUAAAGAAGAACCUGCAGAUGGUAUCAAGGUCCCCUCUAGUAGGCGUUUCAGUGAAGACAGUGGCACACCCAAAGUAAUGGUCCCUCCUGUCACCCCAGACUUGCCUGCUUGUAGCCCUGCCAGUGAAACAGGAAGUGAAAAUAGUGUGAACAUGGCUGCCCAUACAUUAAUGAUUCUCUCCAGAGCAGCUAUCUCUAGGACUACUUCAGCAACUCCUCUAAAAGAUAAUACACAGCAAUUUAGAUCUUCAAGGAGCACCACAAAAAAGCGAAAAAUUGAAGAGUUGGAUGAGCGUGAGCGGAACUCCCGUACUAGUAAUAAAAAUCUUGGAAAUCCAUCAAUACCAAUGAAAAAGAAGAAGAUUAAGAAAAAGAAACUACCCAGUUCAUUUCCAGCUGGAAUGGAUGUGGACAAAUUUUUGUUAUCAUUACAUUAUGAUGAAUAA